AUCCACAAUCAGUAACCCAUGCCUGCCUUCUCCCCAUAUCCCUUGAUUCCGCUAGCCCCUAGAUGCUGGUUUGUACUGAAGAUAUACACAAAAUGCUGGAGCAACUCAGCAGGUCAGGCAGCAUCUCUGGAGAAAAAGAAUAGGUGACAUUUCAGGUCAGAAUCUUUCUUCAUUCUGAGUUGUUGCUGGCUCGCUGAGUUACUCCAGCAUUUUGUGUCUGUCUAAAGGAUAAGUAAAGAUAUAUAUGCAAAACUCAUUUUCCAAAGAUUUAGAAAUGAUAACAAAUUAUUUUUUUGUCUGCAUUAAAAAAAAAUGAUUUAUCAAUAUAAAAUAAAUAAAUACUCUUGACUUGUACGAUAAGUUAGCACACUAGCUCCUUGCUUUCAAUAUUUGAAUUGAAUUCCGGUUGAUGAGAAGAAAAUGUUCCCACAGGAUGAUUAUUUUGGCAAGUUGAAAUGCUCAUAAGAUUGUUAAAACAGCAUAGUCUCUCUGUGCGGAAAGACAUUUAGUUCUUUGGGUCAUUUGCUGAAGAACAGCCGCUGGUAAGCUCAUGGACCUAAAGAUUUGUUUGCUGAUGAGAAGAAAAUCUCUUGCAACUGAACCCAACAGUGUACAAAUGUAAUUUUCAUCCAUCAGGUGGUGGGUCUUCUGCUUCCGUAAGUAGAUGGUCUGAUAUUGCAAGUUAGCCUGGAAGUGAGUUUGGGUGGGUGCUGCUUUCUUGGGAUGCAGUGUGCAUGUCCUCCAUCACUCUGAGGUGGACUGGGGAAACAAGGUAGCGACGAAAACAUUUUGAUUUCAAAGUCAGGGCGGAACAGUGACACCACUGCCUCACGGCGCCAGAGACCCAGGUUCAAUCCUGACCUCGGGUGUUGACUGUGCGGAGUUUACACGUUCUCCAUGAGACUGCGUGGGUUUCCGGUGGGUGCUCCAGUUUCCUCCCACCUUCCAAAGACGUGCAGCUGUGUAGAUUCAUUGCCCUCUGUAAAUUGCUUCUUGUGUUUACGGAGCGGUUGAGAAAGUUAGAUAAGAUAGAACUGGUGUGAACAAGUGAUCGAUAGCCAAUGCUGCAUUUCUAACCAAAAGUUUGUUUUUCUUCUAACUCAAAUGUCAUCUAUUCAAGUUUACCUCCUGAGCAUUUAAUCUAGACUAUGUUCAGUGCAGUUUGGAAGGGCUGCUGGAUUGCUAGGGGAACUGCCUUGCAGAUGACAUAUACUUUAUUUGAAAGGCACAAUAAAAUUAAGAUAUCGGUGUUUUAUUAUUUCUAUAAUGAUUUUUUUAAUCUCAUUUAUUUGAGAUUUUUGAGGUGAGCUAGAUUCUUGAACCACUGCCUUGUGUGUGAGAUAGGCAUUUCUACAGAACAGAUAGAUAAGCAGAUUUGCAAUUUUGAUCUAGCAACUGGGGAAUAAAUUUCCAAGUCAAUCAAAGCAAAGGUUAUGAAUUUUGACGGCGAUAAGGUUAAAGCUGGCUGAGUCACUGUCUUAACGGAACUGGGGGUCCUGAUGCUGAGAUGAUGGACCUCCAACAAUUACAACCAUCUAUCUUCCUGCUCAGUAAAUGUCAUGCAGAUUCUAUGAGCAUUAUCCUCAAUAAUCCUCAAUAAUGGCAGAUGAGGAAAGACUAAUUUCACCUAAAGCUCCGUGAAAGAUUCAUCUCAGCACCCAACAUACGUCACUGCUGUCACUGAUACCAACUUGAUUCCCUCUAUUUAUCUUGUGCUGGCUGAGAACCAAGGUAUAUGGAGUGACUCAAAUUGACAUCAAUGAUGGUGGUAACUUCACUUGGGUGCUGAACCGUAUAUUUCACUGGGUUCUUUAGCAAGGGAAUGUUAAUAUUUAAGCCUCAAAUCAUCUACCUUUAUUGAGGAUGCUGAACUUCAUGGAAUCUGACUCUCAAAUGUACUUAUUCACCACUUAGAUAAAUUAUCCACCACUAUUUAUUUUGAGCUGUGCCUACAUUAUUGAAUUUUGAUUGUUCAAAUGUCAUGUUAUCACUUAGUCCAUUGCAGAUUGUAGCUAAUCUCUAGCAUUAAUCUAAUUCUACACUGUAGUUUUGACGCUUUGUUCUUUGCUAUGUCUGUUGCAAUACUUGGACAUUUCUUUACAUCCUCAUUGAACUAGAGUUGAGUUAAUUGUAAUGGUAGAGUGAGUGACUAAACAGCUGCGUGCUCUGAGUAUUUCAAAAAAAUAGUAUGAAUGUAUUUUCCAACUAUGCAGAUAAUUCUGGGCCAUUUAGAUUUAUGUGAAGAAGCAGGUCAUUUACGCAUGAUGUCACUGCAGAACAAGACUCAUUUCUAGUCAAGGAAGUAGUUGCGUAUUUUAUGCUAAUGAAGUUUCCUGAAGUAUAUUUAAGCCAGCUAUUUUAAACACCAACACAACUUCUGAAAGCAGAAGAGACUAAACGAGUCAUCAAUAUGGAAAGCAAGGCAACCAACCAGAAGAAUGAAUAUGACAGCAACGGCUACCUCACAGGAAUCCAGAUCCUGGACAAGAAGCAAUUGGCAUCGGCUCUUCAGAACUAUUCAGCUUUAGAGGAGAAAUUUGGUAAAGUGUACACCCAGUACAACCUUCACAAUAUACAUUUAGAGAACACUUGGGUGAUGGAUUUAGCCACACAUCCCCAGGUCCUCCAAACCAUCACUGCAGUUUUGGGUCCUAACAUCAUUCUUCUUGAUUCCCGGUUUAUCUGUAAGUAUCCGGCCUCGGAUGUCCCGUACAAAAACAACGUGGCCCCAUUUGUUGCCUGGCACCAGGACAUCAGGUACUGGGGGUUUGAAGGAGGUUCUGUGGCAUCUGUGUGGCUGGCACUUGAUGAUGUUGACCAAGAAAAUGGGGUCCUCCAAGUUAUUCCAGGAAGCCACAAGCAAGGGUUAUUGGAACAUAGAACAAGUACAGUUGCUGGGAAUAUGUUGACAUCCAAUCAGGAAAUUCCUGAGCACUUGAUUGAAACAGAGAAGGCUGUCCAAUGCCCUCUCAAAGUGGGAGAAAUGUCGGUCCAUGAUGGUUUGACAGUUCACUUUAGUGAACCUAAUGUUUCAAACAGGCGUAGAUGUGGCUUUGUAAUCCGUUAUGUCCCCACCACUGCUUAUCCUGUUGACGAUCCAGAUCGGCCUCGUUCUUUCCCUGCCACAGUCCUGGUUGCAGGAGAAGACAACUUCAAACACUUUAAAAACAACGCGCCGAGUACCUUUAUUAAAACAUUUUGAAAAUAUGACACCAUUGAAAAGUGAUUAAUUUAUGAAUAUUGUAUAAUUUGCUGUAAUGUCGUCUGUUGUCACUGAAAUGGAGCAUCAUUGAUGUUCAGACAAAAGAAAAAUCAAGUUUUGUGUAUAUACAAUGUUGUGAUUCUACUAAUUAUUGAACUGCGUAAUAUAUUAAUAAAAAAGGUUAUUGGAAUGGAAA